AUAUGUGUGAUUGUAUAUAUUUUAAGAUUUAUUAUAAGGUGUAAUUACUUUUAUAUUAUUUAUACAGGUUCAGAAAUUUGGCAAGGUUCCUACCGUGGCAGCUAAAUUCAGAAAAGGCUACAUGAGCAUCGAUGCAUUAAAGGAAUCGGAGCCUUUACCUGUUGAUGGUAGUGAUAGUGAGAUUGGUGGAGGUGAUGGUGAGCGACAAGUAGAUCCGAGAGGAAAGCCCGAACUACGUGCCAUUGCGGCGGAUUUGGAAAGAGUCUAUCAAGAAUGUAUGAAUGAUGGGAGUGAUGAAAGCACCGCUAACACGAUAGCUUGCGAACGAGUACUAGGAAAAACUAAAAGACUAGGACUUGGUUGCUCAAGUUCAAAGAAAGGGACGAGGUCCAACUUAUCUUCUGUUGCUAGAGAUGAAGAAAUAGCGGCUUUGAAAGAAGACAAUCAGACUUUAAAGGACGAGAUGAAUCAAAUGCAGAGUACUAUGAAAGCCAUGGUCGAAUAUUUUAGGGCUCAAGGUGUCGAGUUCCAUCCCCAUAAUCCACCGGGCGACGACAACUAGUGUUUUGGGUACUUUUAUUUCAUGUUUGGAUGAUUUAAGUUUUUAUUUGGAUUAUCUUGUGUUUUGAUAGAAUUUUUGGAUGAUUUUGUGUUUGAUGAUUUUGUGUUUUGGAAUGUUUCGACGAUUUUAUGUUUUCGAAGAAUGUUUUGGAUUAUUUAAUUUAAGCAGGUUGU